AUGGCGGGGUUGGAUCUAGGCACCGCCUCCCGAUACAUGCAACAGCUCCACCGUCCUGACCUUCACCUGCAGCACCACAACCCAGACUCCGAUGACGACAACAGCAACGCCGCCAACAGCAGCGGCGGCAAUCGCAGCGGCGGCGGCGGCGGAAGCAACUUCGCCGGCGCUGAGAGAGACGACUCAAGCCAGGGUCUGGAGCUUGUGGCCGCCGGAACUGGCCCAGGAGACAUCGUGACCCGGCGGCCACGUGGGCGCCCGCCGGGCUCCAAGAACAAGCCGAAGCCGCCGGUAAUCAUCACCCAGGAGAGCCCCAACACCCUGCGAGCUCACAUCCUGGAGGUCGGCAACGGCUGCGACGUUUUCGACUGCGUUGCUACAUACGCGCGCCGGCGCCAGCGCGGCAUCUGCAUCCUCAGCGGCAGCGGCACCGUGACCAACGUCAGCCUCCGCCAGCCGGCCGCCGUGGGGGCCAUCGUCACACUGCCGGGCCGCUUUGAGAUCCUCUCCCUCUCUGGGUCCUUCCUGCCUCCGCCGGCCCCUCCCGGUGCAACAAGCCUCAACAUCUUCCUCGCCGGCGGGCAGGGGCAGGUCGUGGGGGGAAACGUUGUCGGUCCUCUCAUCGCUGCGGGACCAGUUAUCGUGAUUGCAGCCUCCUUUACCAACGUCGCCUACGAGCGGCUUCCUCUGGAGGAAGAAGAGCCGGUGCCUAUGCAGCCGCCGGUGUCUCAAGCGUCGGCCGGUGGGGGCGGCGGCAGUGGGAGUGGGGGAGGUGUCGGUAACCCGUUCCCGGACCCGUCUUCUGGGCUGCCUUUCUUCAAUUUUCCGCUGAACAUGGCCAAUUGCCAGCUGCCGGUGGACGGGCACGGAUGGGCGGGGAAUGCCGGCGGCCGGCCGCCCUUCUGA